AUGAUGCUGAUGAACUUGAUCAGCGCUGCCCUCCACGGAACACCUUUGGCUGGCCGUGGUAUCAUUUCUGGUCUUGUGCUGACAGCCGGUGGAGGUAUAAAUGGGCUAAAGGGUUUGCUUGCUGCAACCGGUGGCAGUUUAAGCGGCCUUUCUAGUCUCUUGGCAGCAGCCGGGCCUGGUACAAGUCGCUCUGAUGCGUUGACCGAACUCCUACGAUCAGUCACAAGUGGAAAUACUUCAGCGUCUGUAGGAGACAGUAGGUCAAAUAACCCUUUGAUCGGAGGCUUGCGUUAUCUGAUCGACGAUCUGGCCCAAGGGGCUGGAAUCGCUCAAGGCUUGGCUCAAUUGUUCAAAAGUUUGAAUGACGAAGACCCAGAAGAUGCAUUAAAAGUGAGCUUGAUCCCAUAG